GAUGAUGACGCAGGCGGAAGUGAUGCUGUCCACUUGUUGGGGGCAAUGCCGCCCGGAGCAGCUAGCAGCUGUAAUGUAACUUACACCUGAGGACGCCGUGAGUCUGAGCCGAUCUCUUCCUGGGGGCACUUGCUUCUCUAGACGCCUGCAUUUGCAGCUGUUGAUUCCACAGGGGGAGACUAAGAAAAUGAGGCGGCUGAAUCGCAAGAAGACACUGAGCCUGGUGAAGGAGCUGGAUGCUUUCCCCAAGGUGCCCGAGAGCUACGUUGAGACCUCAGCAAGCAGGGGGACCGUAUCGCUUAUGGCCUUCUCUAUCAUGGGUAUCCUCACUAUUAUGGAAUUCUUGGUGUAUCGGAACACAAGGAUGAAAUACGAGUAUGAGGUUGACAAAGAUUUCACUAGCAAAAUCCGGCUGAACAUAGACAUUACAGUGGCAAUGAAGUGUCAAUAUGUUGGCGCCGACGUGUUAGAUUUGGCCGAGACAAUGGUUACCUCUGCGCAAGGGCUGGUCUAUGAGCCUGUGAUAUUUGAGCUGUCUCCCCAGCAAAGGCUAUGGCAGAGGAUGCUGCAGCAAAUCCAGGGCCGCCUACAGGAGGAGCAUUCUCUUCAGGAUCUCUUGUUCAAGAGUGCAAUGAGGACAUCAGUCAUGUCCCUGCCCCCCAGGGAGGAUUCUCCUACAGAGCCACCCAAUGCCUGCAGGAUCCAUGGGCACCUUGAAAUCAAUAAAGUGGCUGGGAACUUCCACAUCACUGUGGGCAAAGCUAUUCCUCACCCAAGGGGGCACGCACACCUGGCAGCUCUAGUGAGCCAUGACAGUUACAAUUUUUCUCAUCGCAUCGAUCAUUUCUCCUUUGGGGAACCUCUGCCUGGGAUUGUCAACCCUUUGGAUGGAACAGAAAAAAUAGCUGAGGACAGUAACCAGAUGUAUCAGUAUUUUAUCACCAUUGUACCAACGAAGUUACACACCAACAAAGUUGACUGUGACACCCAUCAGUUCUCUGUGACGGAGCGGGAAAGGGUGAUAAAUCACGCCAGCGGGAGUCACGGGGUGUCUGGCAUAUUCAUGAAGUAUGACAUCAGCUCCCUGAUGGUGAUGGUCACGGAGGAUCACAUGCCUCUCUGGAAGUUUCUGGUCCGUCUGUGCGGCAUCGUUGGAGGGAUAUUUACCACGACCGGGAUGAUCCACGGGCUGGCCGAGUUCUUUGUCGAUCUCAUUUGCUGCCGGUUCAAGCUGGGCAUGUACAGACCUCAUGAGACAGGCCACAUGGACGGAAUUCAUGCCAACCACUGCACAGAGACAUUGGCCCCUGACCCACUGUGAAUGGCACAAAGCUUUUUAUGAAAAUAAACCUUGUCAGUGUUUUACAA